UAGGUGGCAGUACACCUAUUACAUGUUGUCUGCUCGUCAGUUAAGAAUUAGAAGAAGAAGAUUUGCAAACACAAGGCAUGAUGGGGUCUGUAACAGAUGACGAAGUCAUUCGAAAGCGUCUUCUUAUCGAUGGCGACGGAGCUGGGGAUGAUCGAAGAAUCAAUUUGUUGUUAAAAACCUUUACCAAGUGGUGCAACUCGCCUGGGACUCCGGACGAAAGUUUCACACAGUAUCAGAGGAUGCUAGGUACAUUGGCUCAAUGUGAAUUCUCACUGGGAAAGACCCAGAUGGUCUACGAUAUGAAUCUGAGAGAAAUGGAGAAUUAUGGGAAAAUCUACUCUAAUAUAGAACAAAAUAUAACUUCAGCUCAUGAGAAGAUAGCAGAAUGCAAAAAAGAAAUCCAGAGGGCAAAAAGAGUAAGAAAGAACCGCCAAGAAUAUGACGCUCUUGCAAAGGUUAUUCAGCAUCACCCUAAUCGUCAUGAAACACUCAAACAAUUGGAAGCACUAGACAAAGAACUCCAACAGUUGUCCAAAAUCAAAGAGAAUGUGGAUGCAAAGCUGGAACUACGGAAGAAACAGUUCCACGUACUCCUCAGUACCAUACAGGAACUACAACAGACCCUGGAAAACGACGAGAAAUUGGACACCGAUGAAAACAAUCAGCAGAGUCCACCAGAGAGCACCGAAUGAUGACUCAUUUGUUUGAUAUACAAUGAAGAAAAUGAAUUUUGUAUGUUUUUUCGUCUGUAUUUUUGAAUAAAUUUGAAAACUAC